GUGGCACACUCUUGCACUCGAACUUCGAACACUACCAUCAUCGUCAUGAAAAUCACGAUAAAAACGUUGCAACAGAAGGUCUUCCAGGUCGAUGCGGAAGGCUCAGAUACGGUAGGGGACCUGAAGAACAAGAUCCACGAGAGCCAGGGACAUUCUGUAGAGUCGCAGAAGCUCAUCUAUUCUGGCAAGAUCCUGCCGGAUGCGAAGACGGUGGAGGAAUGCGCAAUCAAAGAGAAGGACUUCUUGGUGCUUAUGGUAUCAAAGCCCAAGCCAGCACCCACCACACCUCCAUCGACAAGUACAGCCGUCUCGAGUCCUGAAGUGGCUACGCCUGCGGCUCAGCCUGCACCUGAGACCACUUCACCCGCUCCUUCUGCUUCGUCCGCUCCUUCCGUUCUGCCUGCCCCCGCUGUUCCUGCCGUUUCCACUGCCCCGUCUGCCCCUGCUGCGGCACCGCAGCCUCCCAAUGCCCCCCUCCUCACACCUGCGCAAGCGACACCAGUAUCGGCGCCUGCGGAGCGUGCGUUUGGCGAUUCGAGCACUUUCCUCACGGGCGAGGAACUGCAAUCCACGAUUCAGAACAUGAUGGAGAUGGGUUUCGAACGGGAUCAAGUCAUGCGUGCCUUGAGGGCGAGCUUCAACAACCCUGAUCGGGCUGUGGAGUAUUUGUUCAGUGGUAUACCCUCGCAUUUGGAAGCUACUGCCGCUGGUGGUCAACCCGCAGCCGCGCAACCUGUGCCCGGAGAAUCGGCGCCAGCUGCUGCACCAGCCCCGCCAGCCCAACCAGCCCAACCUGCUCCUGCUUCUAAUGCUCCCCAGAAUCUCUUCCAGUUGGCUCAGCAACAGCAGCAGCAGCAGCACCAUCCGAAUCCUGCGGGAGCGGCUGGCGGCGCCCCGGCCGGGCUCGAUAUGGGUGCCCUCCAGAACCAUCCUCAGAUGCAACAACUGCGCGAACUCGUAGCACAGAACCCCCAAUUGGUCCAGCCCUUGAUCCAGCAGCUGGCAGCUUCGAACCCUCAGCUGGCUCAGCUGCUCGCGCAGAAUCCAGAGGCGUUCUUACAACUCCUGGGAGGUGCAGAGGGCUUUGAUUUCGACGGUGAAGAGGGAGUUCCUCCUGGUGCUCAUGUCAUCAACAUAACAGAGGAGGAGCAAGCGGCAAUUCAGCGUUUGGAAGCGCUUGGAUUUUCUCGGCAAGCGGUCAUUGAGGCAUACUUUGCGUGCGACAAGAAUGAGGAGCUCGCGGCCAACUACCUGUUCGAGAGCAAUUUCGAUGAUUCCUAGAUUGUCCUGAAAUGUUGUGGAUGCGGCUCUUGUGUAUAGGUAGUACCAUGUUUUCCUGUAGUGUUAUCAACGAAUAUGCAUGUUUCGCAGCCGUG